CAAGGCCAAUAAUUCACUCAUGCAAUAUAUCCGUCUUCGACUGGGUGCUACUAGCAACUUAGGAAUUCCCAUACAAUGGAAUAUUCGGCUAAUGGCCUCGACCCCUACGGCUGGUCGGCGUUCGCACCCUCAUAUGGAGAGAGCACAGAUUGGCGCUCAGUACCCACUGAAAAAGAACUUGCCCAGCUUCAUGAAGAAUUCUGCGGCCUACUGGCAAAAAACCAUGUUCAGGAUCGGAUUAGGGGAUAUGUUGAGGAAUACCUUUACCCAAACCUUCAGCCGCCAGAAAUAAAGAUCGAAUUCGGCAUGACUCGCUUCCAAGGACCCUACACAGAUGCGUUAUGCGACGCAACCUAUACGCCUACUAUAUAUAUAAGCGUUUGCGACAACUUUCAGGGAUUGCUCGACCUGAAGAGAGCCAUGGUAUGUCAGGGAAUUGUGGAACGCCCUGAUAAAGACUACAACCAACUAUCGGAUAUAGAGAGGGAUUGGAGAACGAGGAAGUAUUGGGUAGAGAGUGCGAUAAGCCAGAUUUACCAACCACUGAAGAAAGUCACCAAUGAAAAGGGGGCUAAGUUGAGAGACAUGACUUGCAAUAUCCGAUUCACCGAGCCUUCGAAGCACUUAUAUCAAUCGUUCACUUCUGAGUUGGGGAUGGUAUACCGAGUACCGAGGACCGGCUGA